GUUCCAGGUUUUGUGUUUCCGGGUGAAGAAGACAGGAAAGAGACUGCCUGAGCAGUUAGAAACCUUGACAGAGAGAGAAAUGGCAGCCAACGGAUCAAGCUGUGAGCAGCGAGCAGGACCCAAAGAUAAACAGAACGGCAAGUCCACAGAUCUGUCAUUGAGAGAAAGGCGACACAAAGACAAAGAGGAGCGUCUGUCGCUGGUGUUAUGGAGGAGGCCUGUUGUCACCCUUCAUUAUUUUCUUCUGGAGACCCUCGUAAAGCUAAAGGAGUGGACUUUUGAGCUUUGGCACCGGCGAGGCACAGUGUUCAUAUUUCUGUUGUUGUGCUUUCUGUUCUCUAUCACAUACUCCACUGAUGGAUCACACCAAACGUAUGUUCAAUACCUGGAGAAGAAGUUCCUGUGGUGUGCCUACUGGGUAGGCCUUGGGAUCCUGUCCUCAGUGGGAUUGGGGACUGGUCUGCACACCUUCCUCCUUUAUCUGGGCCCUCAUAUAGCUUCAGUCACCCUGGCAGCCUAUGAAUGUGGCUCCACAGACUUCCCAGAGCCUCCAUACCCAGACCAGAUCAUCUGUCCUGAAGAGGGAGGCAUGGAGAGCAGCGUCUCUCUCUUCUCAAUCAUGUCAAAGGUCCGCCUGGAGGCCUGCAUGUGGGGCGCAGGUACGGCCAUCGGAGAGCUGCCGCCGUAUUUUAUGGCCAGAGCGGCUCGCCAGUCAGGAACUGAUCCAGAUGAUGAAGAUUAUGAGGAAUUUGAAGAGAUGCUCGAGCAAGCAGAAGGCGCUCAGGACUUUGUCACAAGAGCAAAACUGGGAGUUCAGCACAUGGUGCAGAAAGUGGGGUUCUUUGGGAUCCUGGCUUGUGCCUCUAUUCCCAAUCCUCUCUUCGAUUUGGCUGGAAUAACCUGCGGGCACUUCCUGGUUCCUUUUUGGACCUUCUUUGGAGCAACUCUGAUCGGGAAAGCCAUCAUCAAGAUGCAUAUACAGAAACUUUUUGUUAUCAUUACCUUCAGCAAGCACAUUGUGGAGCAAAUGGUUUCACUCAUGGGGUCUGUGCCUAAAAUAGGACCAUCACUACAGAAGCCCUUUAGUCAGUACCUGGAAGCCCAGAAGAACAAGCUGCACCAUGCUGGGAAGAGUGGACCUGCGGAUGAGAACUGGCUGUCGUGGGUGUUUGAGAAGGUGGUGCUGGUCAUGGUUUGCUACUUUGUCAUCUCCAUCAUCAACUCCAUGGCUCAGAGCUAUGCCAAGCGGCUGCAGCAGCUGAGGCACUCUGAGGAGAAGAGCAAGUGAUGGCGAAGCGAAGCGCCUCAUGCAUCCAAGUGACUGUGUUUCUGCGGCUGCUGCUCACAACUUACCAACAAACCUCACCAUCUUCAUUUCUCAAGACAGGCUGAGGGGUUAAUUAAAAAGAAAAGCAGGCAUUUUUCGCCUCUGUCGGGGGGUGUGCAUCUGCACACAUGCUAUUAAGGAUGUAUGUGCUCUUGUUUCUGUCUUCAAAUUUUAUAGUUCUUCCUCUCAUCUCACUAUGCGUGUGUGUAGUGUGAGUGACUCCUACUAGCGGUCUUAACAUGUUACUUAAGCGUUAAAUUAAUCCAUUCUUUAACCUCAGAAGUAAAGGGGUGAUUUGAUGGUAGCUGCUGUACUGAGGGCAGCGCCCAUCAGAUGCUAUGCCUUAUGCAAGCUGGGAAUGCCUGAAUUCCCUUGAAUAUAGCUCUUGACUCAUGGACUUGAUUUUUAUUUAAUUAUGUAACAAAUAUGUAUGGAUGGAAGUUGAUUUGAUUUUGCGAUGUGCUGCCAAGAAAGCUGCAAAUGGAAAACGUUUCUUUUCAGGGUCUUUGUGUUUUUCUCCUGAUAAAAAAGGACAUUUGUCUUUUUUUUUUUUUUGUUCCAGUACUGUCAGUUUAUAGCGAUUGGGAGGGGAACAAGCAAUAUAAAUUAACAGUGGGGUAUUAAUGGUUUGCACAUUGUGUAAAUAUGGUUCUUUUUUUUUUUUUCCACUGUACGAUCAGAUGUAUUUCUAUUCCAGUUGUUGCUGAACCAAAAGUUAAGAGAAGGUUGUAACAUCUCCAUUGUAAUUUUAGCAAAAGGUCCCAUUUCUAUUCUGUACAUUUAGGUCAGAUCAUAUAAAAUAUGGAAACAAUGACACAUUUUGUUCAGUCUGAGUCUUAUUUAUUGCUAUUUGAUCUUUUAAAUGUUCCUCCUGAAAAACUGCUCUAAUUUUGUGGUGAUUUUAAUGUUUAAUUCCCCUAAGCAUCUAUAAGGUAAGUGAACAAGAUCAAAGAUGUUUUAGUAGAUUUACUGGAACAUCUUAAUACAGUCUGCCGGAUUUGGCUUUUGGUAGAUAUUUUUAGUUGAUAUAUUAUUUUUAUCUCUAAAGGCAUGUAAUUAUUUAUCUUUUUUUUAAAAAAAAGAUGCCCUAACUUCUUUUUCCCCCGCCUCGUCAGCUAGCUUAUCAGACUGGUGUUGGCGGUAAAAUUUGCACGGCAACAGCGGUCUGUAAGCUGGCUGAAGCUGUGGGCCUUUCAGCUUCUCAACCAGUGUUGAGACAACGCAUCCAUCCGUGGAUGUGUGGCAGCCUUCCUGUCGUAUUGUUGCUCUGCUUUCAUGUCUGCCCAACUUUAAACUGUAAAAAAAAAAAAACAAGUGAACAAUAAAGUGAGUUAC